UCGCCUCUCAUCUCUGCUAUAGAUUGAUGCAACCGUUUUCGGCGAAGAUCGCCGAUAUUUCGGAUUUGAACAUUGACCAUCAUGGAGUUUCAAUCGGGUUUGCUACAGACGACGAACAUUGACGAUUAUGGACAUUGAAGCCUUUCGGAAGGCGGGCUAUGCUGCCAUCGAUAGAAUCUGUGACUACUACGCUACUCUGGCAGAGCGACCCGUGAAAGCCGAGGUCAAACCGGGUUACCUCAUCAAUGCUUUGCCCGAUCAUCCACCAGAGCAAGGAGAGGACUUCGAAGUCAUCUCUAGCGAGUUCGAGAAGCAUGUGUUGCCUGGCAUCACGCAUUGGCAACACGGUAAAUUCACUGCCUACUUUCCAUCCAUCUCAACGUUUGAAAGCAUGAUAGGAGAGCUCUACACGGCAAGCGUCUCGAAUCCAGGAUUUAAUUGGAUCUGCUCUCCCGCAUGCACAGAGCUCGAGCAGGUGGUCUUGGAUUGGUGCGCGAAUCUAUUUGAUUUGCACCCAGAUUUCUAUAUCAAGUCAAAGCGAGGUGGAGGUGUCAUUAUAACGACUGCAUCCGAGGUCGUGCUCACCGUGGCUAUCGCAGCGAGGGAGAGGGCGUUGAGAAUCUUAUCGGAGAAGGAACCAGACGUGGAAGAAGGGGUCAAGACUGGAAGGGUCCCUGAUUCAGAUACUCCCAUGAAGAUUCGAGAAAAGUAUGGUCAAAGGCUGGUGAUCUACGGCAGUACACAUACUCACUCAUUGGGCGCCAAGGCGGCUCUACUGCUAGGCCUCCAAUGGAAAGCUGUUCCUGUGAGCGCCGCCGAUAAUUACAGUCUCCGGGGAGACGCAUUGCGACGGGUGAUCGAAGAAGAUAUCGCCAACGGCCUGGUCCCUUUCUUCGUCAUUGGUACGGUGGGAACGACCAACACCGGCGCAGUCGAUCGUAUAGCAGAGAUUGGUCAAGUCUGUCGUGAUUACCCAACUUUGUUCUUCCAUGUCGAUGCGGCGUGGGCAGGCGUAGCCUACAGCGUGCCCUCAUUGCGCGAGUCUCUCAGACACGCCGAGGUCAACGAGUAUGCAGAUUCAUUCUGUACGAAUAUGCACAAGUGGGGCUUGGUCGGAUUCGACUGCUCCCUGCUCUAUGUGCGCAACAGACAGACCUUGACAUCCGCCAUGAGCAUGACACCCUUCUACCUCCGAUCCAAGGAAAGUGAAGCCGGCGAAGUCAUUGACUAUCGGAAUUGGCAACUUGCGCUUGGCAGACGAUUCCGCAGUCCGAAAUUAUGGUUCGUCUUGAGAAGUUUUGGCGUGUCAGGCUUUCAAAAGCAUAUACAAAGGGGUGUAGAGCUCAGCUCUCGGUUGGGAGACAUGAUCCGUUCCUCUGCCCGCUUUGAACUCGUCACUCCUCAAUCACUCUCUAUGGUUGUGUUCCGACUCAAUCCGGGGCAAUCUCCAAAUGCCUUGGCCUCAGACGACCUCAACAAGCUAAAUUCUAAGCUAUCGUCUCGUCUAGAUCAUCGAUCCGAUGUCUUCAUCACACCUGCCAUGCUUGGCAGUGAGGAAGGGAACAUGGAGGUCUUAAGGAUACAGACCGGGGGCUAUAGGACCACGAUGGAGGAUGUUUUGGCUGUCUGGAAGGUUGUAGAAGAAGAGGGCGAGGCAUUGCUUCGAGAGCGGGAAUGAAGGGCAAUGUCACGUAGCUUGCAUGACUCUUAGCGCAUGAUGGGCAGGCGACUUUUCCCUUGUCACGCGCAAAGAGACAUGAUGCAUCAAGGCUGAAGCUAGUCGAGGCAUCUCGGCGACUCAAACACCGACAUCGUCCGAGGUUUAAUCAUAGCAUAGCAUCAGGUGCAUAUGCUGUGGGUCGUAUAGCACUGGAGCACCCUUUACCGUGCGGAUU